AUGGUGCUGGGUGAGCAGAUGCUAGUGCCGCAAACCUACGAUCCUGACACGUACGACCCCGAUGGCCGAAUACCAUGGACGUCCGAGCCAAAGCCAUAUAAUCCCGAGACCUAUGCAGCCUGGGGCCGGAAGCAUUUUAGUGAAGACUGGUAUAAAUUGCAAAAGACCAUGCUCAAGGAAAGGAAUAUCUAUCUUCAGCGACCGUUUGAGCCAGGACGCCAAUCUGGACGGAUGCGUGACACAGGGCGGAAGCGAUUGUGGGCUCGACUAUCGAAGGAGUUAGGCAUCCCCAGCAAUCCCGCAUCUCCAACGUCAAAGGACAAUGACGACAGCGACACCGAGCUCAGCGGGUUCGACACUUACCCCCCAACCCCCGAGCCUUGUGAACCGACGCCUCUCCCUGACGAUCCAUGGGAACGACUAGAGCUGCGUCGAAGAGAGUUCCGUUGGGACGAGGAGGAGUAUCAGUUCAAGAAGAUCUUCUUCAAAGAAGGCCUCUUAGACAAGGCCAGGACGCACCGUGAAGACGGUCCAGGCGACAGGUAA